AUCAGUUAGUUAUUAAUGGGGCAAUAAAACAUUUACGUGGAAUCUGCUAUGAUUCUAUGGACAAACUACAGGGUGAAAAUUACAUUGUUCGAGUCGAAGACUGUAUCCCGGCAUUGAAUGAUUAUAUUAAAAAUGGAAAGCAGUUUGAUUAUGUGGUCAAUGAUUUGACAGCAAUACCCAUAACUACUGAACCAAGGGGAUCACAAUGGGAUUUCCUGAGGCUAAUCUUAGAUUUGUCAAUUAAAGUAUUAAAACCAACUGGCAAGUAUUUUACGCAGGGUAACAGCUCUAAUGCUAAAGAUGCAUUGACAAUGUAUGAAGAUCAACUGUCAAAGUUGCAUUGUGAUGUAGAACACAGCAAGGAAACUGUAUGUGUGCCAUCAUAUCUUGAAUUGUGGGUGUUUUAUACAAUAUGGCACAAACAGAAAUGA